CUCAUUUCAAGAGAUCUUCAUCAAACCCAACACAUUCUAAAAGCUUGUUUUUGCCUUCAUUCUCCUCAACCACUAUAACUCUAUUUCAUUCCCUCACUUUCCACUUCACUUUUCUUUUUCCAUUUAUCCAUUAUUACAUCUUCAUAUCAAGUAUCAACUAUCAACUAUCAACCAUUCUUCUUCAUCAUCUUUUUCUCAUCAAUCAAUAUCAUUACAAGAAAAAAAAAUCAUUUUUAUUGAUUUAUGGAAGGCCAAAAAGCUAAACGCAAACGUGUUUAUUCAGUUGAGCCAAACAAAGUAGUGCAAGCAAAGUUUACUAGAAGCUACAUGAACUACUUAGCACCAGCUUUGAAGAAGAUCAAUGAAAGAAGAAGUUCUAUAGAAGAUAAGAAAGUUGAGAGUGUUGUGAAAUAUGAAGUUGACAUGGCUAUGGUUAUUUCAUCUCAAGGUUUUGCAUGGAGUAAUGCUCUAAAAUCAAAGCUUCAAAAGAAUGGUGUUGAAGGUUCAAAAGUGGACAUGGCUAGGGUUAUUUCUAAGCAAGAUUGUAAGGAGAUUUUGGUUGAAGAAAAAAAUGAAGAUGAAGAUGAAGAUGAGGAUGAGAUUGUGGAUGAACAAUUGAGAUGUCUUAGAAAAUUGUUACCUGGGGGAGAAGAAAUUAUGAGUGAUGAUGAAAUGGUGAGUGAGUUAGAGAGUUAUGUUAGUUGUUUGCAAAUGCAGGUUAAUAUUCUUAAGUGUCUAACUGAUUAUUAGAGAUGUUGAGUUAAUUAUAAUCAUGUAUGUUUUGUUGUUUGAUUAUAUGAGAUAAGUGGAGAAAUUUUAAAACA